AUACUCUCAGCUAAGCAACGACGGCUUAAGAAAAAACCUAAAUUAUUAAGCCGACUGUCACACAUAGUCAUUUUCCUUCAAGAAAAUAAUACUCAAAAAUAUACAUCUUUUGUAUCGCUUCACCUCUUUCAAUUAUUUUUUCACUCACUAAGAACAUGCAAAGACAAUCCUUAGGCUCGCCUACCUCUAAGCUCCAUAUCCAUGGAGGAGAAGAGAUUACCGGAGCAAUCGUCGACGACGAUGACCACCGCAAAGACAGUAAGUCUCGCCGAUUGACGUUUUCGGCUUCUUCUUCUUCUUCGUCGCCGUUGUUGUUGCCGUCGUCUCCUAAGUCUGAGAAGCUCAUUCAUCUCAUUCCUGUUCUUACUCUCCUUUGCUUCCUCAUACUUUACUUAAAUUCUCACAGUCCUUCGCAAUCUGAUUUGGCAGCUUUUAAUGGAUUCAAGCAUUCCUCAAAGCAUUUAGAUUCACGUGAAAUCGGCGAGGUAAGCCGAUUUAUGGAGUUCCGGAGAGGCGAUGUUUUGGCGAUUCGAAGCCAAAGGAACUUGCAAGAACUCGAUAAGUACAUCGUCAAGUCUCGGCCACACCGGAAAGUCGCCGAUUUCUAAGCGGCGUACCGUCGGUUCAUCUUUCUCUCUCUUUCCGCCGUUGUUUCGUUUCAUGCUCUAGCUGACUAUAAGUCCACACGUGCUGGUCACACUUGCACGUGCGAGGCAUUUUUUUGUUUGCACAUGUAAAUUUAAAUUGCAUGUUAAUUUGUUGGCUUGUGUGAGGCAAAUAUCUUAGCUGGCGCUACGUGUGUAGGGCUUGAUCGUCCUUGUUCACAUAAAAACAUAUAAUUUAUAUAUUCUUGUAUAUAAAUUAAUAAAAAAAUAAAAAUAAAAUGGAAGAAACUUUUUGAAAAAUAAAA